GACACUCUUCGGCGGGAGCUGAUACUCUUUGGCGGAGCUGACGCCUUAGCUAGUGCACCUGCUAGUCGGCUGUGCCUAGUAAGCGUGUCGGAGCCCCACUCUGAACUGAGACUAGGAGGCAACCGAGUGGAAGGUACUGUUGGGGUUCAGGGCCCGAGGGAGGCGGCAGUGCCCGGGCCGCGUGUGCCGGUAGCGGUAGAGGCGGUGAGGCGGGUGCGAGCUCCAGCUCGCUACGGGAGUCAUGGCACCCAAGAAAGACCCCAAGAAGCGCCCCAGGAAGCCCCAGUUUGAGGUUGGGGAGCGAGUAUUGUGUUUCCGAGGGCCCCUUCUUUACGAGGCAGAAUGUGUCAAAGUGUCUGCCAAGUACAGGAAAGUCAAGUACCUCGUUCGCUACCCCAACGAGGGAAAUGACCCUGUGCAAGCUCAGGGGUCUGGAAAGCCGAACGAGACCAAAGCCCAGGGGCCCGAAAAAGCCGGCGAGGCCAAUAAGGCCCAGGAGCCAGGGAAGAUGAGUGAAGUCCCAGGGUUACCCAAGGCUAGUGAAAGCAGUGAAACCAGUUCGGUCUCUGAAAGCAGUGAGGUCUAUGAAUCCAGUAAGGUCCGUGUUAUCUGUGAGAUAAAUACAGCCAGCCGGGGCCCCGAUAAAGCCGCUGAGGCAACUCCCAAACCCACGGAGCCCCCAAAGGUUCGGGAAAGCCGUAGAGCUCGUGCAACCCGCAGAGCCCGCGAAGCCGCCCAGGCCCGCGAAGCCCCCCAGGCCCGCAAAGUCGCAGAGGCCAGCGAUGCCACUGCCGAGACCAGUGACGCUACUGCCGAGACCAGCGACGCUGCCACCGAGCUCCGUGAGUAUGAUACAGAGAUCUGGGGAGCUCCGUUGCUCCUUGAUGCCGCCACCCAGGCCCGUGAUGCCGCAGCCACCAAGACCCUUGAUGCGGCAGCCGCCCAGGCCCUUGAUGCCGCAGCCGUCCAGACCCGUGAUGCCGCAGCCGCCUGUGCAGCCGCCCGUGCCCGUGAUGCCGCAGCCACCCGUGCCCAUGAUGGCGCAGCCGCCAGUGCCGGUGAUGCCGCAGCCGCCCCGGUCCGUGAUGCCGCAGCCGCCCCGGUCCGUGAUGCCGCAGCCGCCCCGGUCCGUGAUGCCGCAGCCGCCCCGGUCCGUGAUGCCGCAGCCACUUGGGGCCUUGAUGUUGCAGACGCCCGUGCCCGUGAAGCCGCCAGAACCCGUGAAGCUGAAGCCAUGCAGGCCCCAGAAGACAGCCCAACCCGUGAAGCCGCCCGAGCCCGUGAAGCCAUUCGAGCUCGUGAAACCGCCCGCGCCUGUGAAGCCUCAGCCUUUCGGGCGCGCGAUGCCGCAGCUGUCCUGGCCCGUGAAGCCAUGCGACUCUGUGAAGUCACCGCCGCCAGGGCCCUCGAAGCCGCCCGAACCCGCGAUGCCAUAAUCAGCCAUGCCUGUGAAGUUGCAGUCACCCACGGCCAUGAAAUUGCAAUUGCCCGGGCCCGUGAAGCCUCCUGGGCCCGUGAUGUUGCAGCUGCCCGUGCCUGUGAAGCCGCCCGAGCCCGAGAUGCCGCUGCAGCCGCCCAGUCCCGUGAAGCCGCCCGAAUCCGUGAUGUUGCCGCAGCCACCCAAGCCCGUGAAGCCGCCGAAGCCCAUGCCACCGAAGCCGCCGCCCGGGCCCGUGAAGCCGCCGCCCGGGCCAUCGAAGCCGCCAAAGCCCGGGUCCGCGAAGCCACCGAAGCCCGGAUUCGCGAAGCCGCCGAAGCCCGGGCCCGGGAAGCCGCAGAAGCCCGGGCCUGCGAAGCCGCAGAAGCCCGGGUCCUCGAAGCCGCGCAAGCCCGGGCCCUCGAAGCCGCUCAAGCCCGGAUCCGCGAAGCCGCGCAAGCCCGGGUCCGCGAAGCCGCCGAAGCCCGGGCCCGCCAAGCCGCCGAAGCCCGGGCCCGCCAAGCCGCCGAAGCCCGGGCCCGCGAAAUUGCCGAAGUCCAGGCCCGCGAAGCCUUCGCAGCUCACGAAGCGGCGGAAGCUCGCGAAGAGGCGGAAGCCCGGGCCCUCGAAGCCGCAGAUGCAGCCAAAACAGGUGACGAAGCCAUUAAAGACAAAGAUCAAAGCACCGGGCCUCAUGCAGCCAAGGAGAGCCCUGGAGUCUCCAAGACCCCCGCAAGCCGUAGGGGGGGCCGUGCACGUAGGUCCCGGGGAGCCGCCAAAGCCUGCAACGAAGCCACCAGUCACAGCGCAACUAGCCAGACACCCAAAUUCACAGAAGCUGACGAAACCAGUGUGACCCAAGACGCCAAGGCCCGUGAGGCCGCCAAGGAAUCUACCAAAGUCCUCGAAACUCACAGCACCCGCACAAUCCGUAAAGGUCGGAAAUCUACCAAGGCCCGGGAAGCCGCCAAAGACACUCAGAGCCAAGAAGUCACCAAGACCUUUGAUGAAACUCCCAAGACUCACAAAGCCACCGAGGUCCGUGAAACUCGAAGGGCCCGCGCAAUCCGAGAAGCCCAAGAAGCCGCCAAAGCCUCGCCUGAAACCGACAAGGUGCGCCCGACCCGGAAAGCUCGUAAAAGCCGCACACCUGAUCAGACCACAGAAGUUCGUGAAACUCGGUUGGCCCGUCUGAUCCGUGAGUCCCGAGAAGCUGCCACAGCCCGCGAAACCCCCAAAACUCCAGAGGUCCACAAAGCUGCCGAGGCUGGGGAUCAUCUGAAGGAUUCUAAAAGCCAGGAGUCCCAGAAAGCCACCAAGGCCGUUCAAGCCAGCAAGUGCCACAAAUCCCCAGAAACCGGGGAAAUCACUGAGGCCAGUGAGGCCAGUGAGGCCGGAAAAGAGUCAUUCGGGGGGAAGGGAAAGGGGAAGGCCAAGGGAAAGCGCAAGGGAAAAGACAAGGUGAGGGCUGAUACUGAAGAUGAUGACUUUGCCUCUGAAGACCCUCUUCAGACCCCUGCAGGAUGGGAUGACGAGUGGGUUCCAGAAAGCAGAUUACUUAAAUAUUCAGAAACCAAUCUGCAGAAGCAGAAAGAACUUUUUCAAGCUAGUCAACUGAAAUCAGUGAAAGGGAAAGAGGCAGGGACAGCUUUGGGGAAGAGGCCUUCGAGGGGUCCACGGAGAAAUCUCACCGCAAAUAGUGGUGAAGGCCCUUCAGCGUCCACACAGGUGUACAGAAGAAACCAGCAUGAGUGUUCUGUAAGCAGAGGUGCCGGCACCAGAGAAGGGUGCUGUAGCAGCCAGUCAGAGCAGUGCAGACCACGAGCCGGGCAACAGCGAAGAGCAUAUGUGAAAAAAACGGACUUUAAAAUCACUAUCCCGGCAGAACUGAAACCAUGGCUUGUGCAAGACUGGAACUUGAUCACUGACCAAAAGAAGUUAUUUCAUCUCCCGGCCCAGAAGACAGUGGAGUCAAUUCUGCAGGACUACGAACGUUACGAAAGGUCUAAUGCCAACUCAGAAGAUAAGAUCUAUGCUGUUCCUGAAGUUGUAGCCGGUAUUAAAGCAUAUUUCAAUUUCAUGCUAGGCACUCAUCUGUUGUAUAAAUUUGAGAAACCACAGUAUGCUGCCAUCUCAGCCAGCAAACGUGGUGUCCCGGUGUCCCAGAUCUACGGAGCACCGCAUCUGCUGCGAUUAUUUGUAAAAAUUGGAGAUAUGCUGUCCUAUACGUUCUUUGAUGCUCAUAGUACCAAUUUAUUGCUAAGGUAUUUGCAUGAUUUUGUAAACUAUUUGGCAAGAAAUCAUGAAGCUCUGUUUAAUUCCGAUGAUUAUGAGCUUGCUUCUCCUGAGUAUAUUCAGAAUGCUGAAGCAGAGCCUUCUCAUACUUAAGUCUCAGUAAAAACAUGGUAAACAUUCAGUGUGUUUUCUUGCAUACACACACAAAAAAGAUCUUAGUUACUUAGAUAUUUUGGAGAAGAAAGUAAAAAAAAAAGGGUAUUUGUGAUAUUUGUUCCAUAUUAGUCAUUGGAACAAAAGGUAAAAAAGUAGAGGUGUUUCUGAUUUUUUUUUCAUAUGUAGACUUUGAAACAAAAGGUAAAAGAUAAUGGUGUUUCUGGGAUUUGUUUCUUAGUCUUUCUAACAAAAGAUAAAAAUGU